AACCCAAAAACACGCGCUAAUUAGAAACAUAUAAGAAGAGAAGAAGACCAACUCAUGACUCUUUCCUACAAAUUGAAAAAUGACUUUACGUGCCACCGUCACAUUUGCUCUCAUAUCUUUCCUCCUUUGCACUGUAUUCCGCUACUCCGUUGCGGAGGGAAAUUGUAGCACAACAUGCAUUAUAGAGCAGUGUGAUUCGAUGGAAAUCAAAUACGGAAAGUAUUGCGGAAUAGGUUAUUGGGGUUGUGCCGGCGAGAAACCAUGUGAUGAUGCUGAUGCUUGUUGCAUGGGUCAUGAUGAUUGUGUUGGGAGAUUCGGAAUGACUCAUGUGAAAUGUCAUACAAGGUUAAAGAACUGUUUAACCAGGGUACAAAAAUCUGGGAAAGUUGGAUUUUCGAAAGAGUGUCCGAUCACUUCUGCCGUGCCAACCAUGAUAAGAGGCAUGGACCUGGCCAUCUUGCUUAGCCAAUUGGGCGGAGCCAUUCCUACUAUAUAAAAAUAUUCUAAAUUAUAAAUCAUUGAUGUAGGUUAUGUUCCUGUUUAUAAACAUCUCUUAAUUUUGGAAUGUUGGUCUCAAUGAUUUUAUUGAGUUUGGUAAUUAAGCCAAUGCUUAUGUUCUUGUUGUUAUGUUGUGAUUUAAUUGAAAUUUUUUUUAAAAAAUUCAAUGUUAUGAAAGAUUAUGUCA